CUUUCCGGCAAAAACUAAAAAAAUACCUACAUUUGUACCUACACUUACAAGUAUUUUACUUCGAUUUUCAGCAAUUUUUUGCUUGCGUUUUAAUUAAACGGAUGUAAAAAUAUUUAAUAAUUCCAAUGAUGUAAUCGUGCAUUUUCUUGACUACAUAAAUACUUAUUUGAAAACUUCAUAAUGUCGACUUCCGUGAGAGAUUUCAGCAAAGCCUGGUGGUCCGAAGUAUACAACAGGAUCAUCGGAGCUGCAGUGUUCCUGGACGACGCCAGUGCUGAAUGCUUGCACUGGGACGGUGGGCUUUUCAACCUUCUAUUAGGAGGUGCUGUCUCUGUCAAAACGUUGUCGCCUUUUGAGACUUCCAAAAAGGAGCACAAGAAAGCAGUUUUCAUCACACAAGCCACAUCUACCCAAUUACAAACGGUGUGUGAAAUUAUCCGCAAUAGUAACUUCAUUCAUUGCAUCCUCAUUUCAUGUGUGAGUCUGGAUGUGGUGUAUUUGGAGCUCAAUGAGGGCAAAGAUGUGAGCGACAUUGUGGCAGCAGGUCGGGCUCCGGCUGAGGCGACAAAACUGUUGGAGGGAAUGUUGCAGGAUGCCAUUGGGAAAACACAAUGUAUGACAGAAGUCGUGCACAUACCAAUAUUCACUAUAUCACCAACAAAUGUGGUAUUCUUAACUCCACCAUAUCAGAAAUUGUACCCGCUUUUUGAUGGGAAACUGAUGCCGGAGUCAACAUCCAUGGACUUGUAUACUUUGUCAAGCAAUGAGAGGUCCCAAGUGAGGAGACUUGCUUCGGGCAUCAACAGCAUGUUUGAUUCCAUGAAUUUGAAAGAGGAUAUAUUCUAUAUGGGAGCGUUUAGUUCCUUGGUAGCUGGAGUGUUGGAGAAUUCUCCAGUAUGCUUGGCAAGAAGAAAGAACUGUUCAAGUCCAGCGUCACUUAUCAUUAUCGACCGCACCCUAGAUCUAUGUGGAGUCACAAGUCAUACAAUGGAGUCAGUUCUAGAUAAAGUCAUGGCGGUGCUGCCGAGGUUCCCGGGACAUUCAAAUGAAGUAGCUGUGGACAUGUCAGCACUUUGUCAAGCUAAUGUCAUAAACAUAUCAGAGGACUUACAACUAGGACCCGGGUGUUUAUUCCACGCUGACGACGAAGGCUGCGUCCAAACCUUCGAGCACAUGAUCAACAAGUCGCAGAAGGAAGUCAUGUUCGACUUGUACAACAAACUGUCCAAGAUUGAUGUGCAGAAGUCGCCCAGUCCCAAGACUUUGAUGAAAGUCACCCCGCAGAGUGUGGAAAAAAUUGUCAAUGCUUCGAAAGGCAACUACGAAGUGAUAUCCCGCCACAGCGGGGUGCUGCAGCAGGCGGCGGCGGUGGUGCACACGCUGAAGUCCCCGCGGCGCUCGCAGAUAGAGCUGCUGAUGAGCCUGGAGCGGCAGGUGCAGCAGAGCCUCGCCGCCUCCGGGGACUCCACCAGUGUCCUGCACCAGAUCAGCCAGCUAAUAAAGACUCGUAAAGAGAGACAGCUGCCUCUGGACAGUCUCCUGGCACUGACAGUUCAUGUGUAUUCACUCACAGGCACCGAGGUGUCAUUCUCGAAGCAACACGAGGAUAGCCUGCAGGAGACGCUCAGUGUUGCCAUAUUCGAGGAGCACAAGAGCUUGUUCCCCGGCGAGGCCGGCUUCGCCUCCCCCGAGGAGUGCGACGACCUCGCCGGGAAACUCGUGGCGCGGCUGAAGGACGUGGCGCAGAUGAGGAGCAGCUUGAACAAGUACAGGUCGGUGCUGCAGCCGCGCGAGGGCGGCGGCAGCGGCUGCAGCGGCGUGGCGCAGCAGCUGCUGGAGGAUCUGCUGCACCACCAGCGUCCGCCCACCGACCUCCGCGCGCGUCCGCACUCACACCCUCUGCUGCGGACUGGCCUCAACUUGUUAACAAGUAAGAAACCUCGCAGCUCGAAGCACCCCUUUGACAACCCAACAGUCAUAAUGUUCGUGGUCGGCGGAAUCACAGCCGAAGAAUGCAAGCGAUUACAUCGCUCUGUGAUCACGAGCGGGGUGGACAAUACUGUGCUGAUAGCUAGCACGAAGUUUGUCACUCCAGUCGAAGCUAUGAGAGAUGUGCUGGCGUUAUAACGCCUUCCACAGCUUGGUUGUUGUAAGGGAAAGUGAAAUCGAAUUGUUAUGGGAUCUAUAACGGAAUGGACAAUAUUGUGAUGAUUGCUAGUGCAAAGUUCGUGUCGAAUAUAAUGGAAUAUGACUUUUGCGUCAAAUACUAUGUGUUUUAAUUUAUAAUUUUAUUGUAAAAAGUUAAGAAUAUUUUGUUCUAUUUUGUAAUUUAUUCAAAUAGAUGUAAUAAUCAGUUUUGAACUAAGUAAGGUCAUUUAGCUAAGUAGUCUUAUUAGCAUAUAAUGCAAUGCAAUUACAAUGCAAAAUGUAAUAAAUGUUAUUUAUUAAACGA